CUAAGAAUCGUGCCUCUACGUGGACUCUGAGCAGACGUCGCCGGCGCCCGGAGGGAGCCUCCAGCACCGCUGCGCAGGCGGCCUGCGGCCCGAGGAGGCGGAAAUACAACCUGCUGGUAACUUUGAUCAGUCCAACCCUCUCAGAAUGUUGAGUCACAUCGUUAGCAGCUCCAGCUUUCGGCCCUUCAGCCAUCGUGUCCUCUCCUGGAUCCGAUCCACAGCUGGCUCCAGACCGAAUUGUCUCAUGCAACGACUGGCCUUCAGACUUAAUUUUUCUCGUUCUUGGAGCAACAUUCCCUUCAUCACGGUGCCGCUCAUUCGUACCCAUGGCAAGCCUUUUGCCCACCGGAGUGAGCUAAAGCAUGCCAAGAGGAUUGUGGUGAAACUUGGAAGUGCCGUGGUGACACGAGGGGAUGAAUGUGGCCUGGCACUGGGGCGGCUGGCAUCUAUCGUUGAGCAGGUGUCGGUGCUACAGAAUCAAGGCCGAGAGAUGAUACUGGUCACCAGUGGGGCUGUAGCCUUUGGGAAGCAGCGACUGCGGCAUGAAAUCCUCUUGUCUCAGAGCGUGCGGCAAGCCCUGCAUUCAGGACAGAAUCAGCUCAGCGAGAUGGCGAUUCCCGUCUUGGAGGCACGAGCCUGUGCAGCUGCUGGACAGAGUGGACUGAUGGCCCUGUAUGAGGCGAUGUUUACACAAUAUAGCAUCUGUGCUGCUCAGAUUUUAGUGACCAACCUGGAUUUUCAUGAUGAGCAAAAACGCCGAAACCUCAAUGGGACACUUCAUGAGCUGCUCCGCAUGAACAUUGUCCCAAUUGUCAACACAAAUGAUGCUGUUGUCCCCCCAGCUGAGCCCAAUAGUGACUUGCAGGGGGUAAAUGUCAUUAGUGUUAAAGACAAUGACAGUUUGGCUGCCCGUCUGGCUGUGGAAAUGAAAACUGACCUCUUGAUUUUGCUUUCAGAUGUAGAAGGUCUUUUUGACCGCCCUCCAGGAUCGGAUGAUUCCAAACUCAUUGAUAUUUUUUACCCUGGAGACCAGCAAUCUGUGACAUUUGGAACCAAGUCUAGAGUGGGGCUGGGUGGCAUGGAGGCCAAGGUGAAGGCUGCCCUCUGGGCUCUCCAGGGCGGAACCUCUGUUGUGAUUGCUAAUGGAACCCAUCCGAAGGUCUCAGGCCAUGUCAUUACAGACAUUGUUGAGGGGAAAAAAGUUGGCACUUUCUUUUCAGAGGUGAAACCUGCAGGUCCUACCGUUGAACAGCAGGGGGAGAUGGCUCGAUCUGGAGGAAGGACUUUGGCCACUUUGAUGCCUGAGCAGAGAGCUGAGAUUAUAUACCGUCUGGCUGAUCUCCUGACUGACCAGCGGGAAGAGAUCCUGUUGGCCAACAAGAAAGACAUGGAAGAGGCAGAGGGUAAAGGGAGACUAGCAUCCCCUCUGCUAAAACGAUUGAGCUUGUCUACAUCUAAAUUGAAUAGUUUGGCCAUUGGAUUACGUCAGAUUGCUGCUUCUUCCCAGGACAGUGUUGGGCGUGUCUUGCGCAGGACAAGAAUUGCGAAAGAUUUGGAACUAGAGCAAGUUACUGUCCCAAUUGGAGUCCUUCUGGUGAUUUUUGAAUCCCGCCCUGAUUGUCUUCCCCAGGUGGCUGCCUUGGCUAUCGCAAGUGGCAAUGGCUUGCUUCUGAAAGGAGGAAAAGAGGCAGCCCACAGCAACCGAAUUCUGCAUCAUCUAACUCAGGAGGCACUCUCCCUCCAUGGGGUCAGGGACGCGGUGCAGUUGGUGAAUACUAGAGAAGAUGUUGAGGACCUUUGCCGUCUAGAUAAGCUGAUUGACCUGAUCAUUCCACGUGGCUCCUCUCAACUGGUCAGAGACAUUCAGAAAGCUGCCAAAGGAGUACCGGUGAUGGGUCACAGUGAAGGAAUCUGCCACAUGUAUGUAGACACCGAGGCUAGUGUUGAUAAGGUCACCAGACUAGUGAGAGACUCCAAGUGCGAAUAUCCAGCUGCUUGUAACGCACUGGAAACGCUGCUAAUCCACCGAGAUCUACUGAGAACGCCAUUGUUUGACCAGAUCAUUGACAUGCUGAGGGUAGAACAGGUGAAAAUUCACGCGGGUCCCAAGUUUGCUUCCUAUUUGACUUUCAGCCCUUCUGAGGUUAAAUCCCUUCGGACAGAGUACGGAGACCUAGAAUGUUGUAUUGAAGUGGUGGACAAUGUACAGGAUGCCAUUGACCAUAUCCACAAAUAUGGCAGCUCCCACACAGAUGUCAUUGUUACAGAAAAUGAGAAAACAGCAGAGUUCUUCCUUCAGCAUGUGGACAGUGCGUGUGUGUUCUGGAAUGCUAGCACCCGCUUCUCAGAUGGCUACCGCUUUGGGCUUGGAGCAGAAGUAGGAAUCAGCACUUCUCGAAUCCAUGCCCGGGGACCAGUAGGACUUGAAGGAUUACUCACUACUAAGUGGCUACUUAGGGGACGGGACCAUGUUGUAUCUGACUUCUCCGAGAAUGGAACUUUGAAAUAUCUUCAUGAAAACCUUCCUAUCCCUCAAAGGAACACCAACUGAGAGCAUGCCGUAAGACACAGGGGACUCAUUCCAAGAUCGUUUCACUGUUAAAACUCUGGUGAUGAGACAGGACUUUGUCUCCAAUUCCCGGGUGAUUAUUUUGCUGUUUUGAGGUACACCUGGAAGCUUUUUGGGUUAUUUUGACCUGUGCAAGAGAAGAAAAGAUGUAUCUGCUAAUCCACAUACUCCAGUUUGCCAGUUAGAAAGUACAGUUGCCGCAGAUAGUACCUUCUCCUUCCCAAAUUCAUUUCCUUUAAAUAAUGCAAAAUGGUGCUGGUGAUCCUUAGAGAAGAAAGUAGAAAGUUGGUUUCCUCUUUUUAUUGCCUCAGUGAGGUAAAGACUCCUUUUGGACAUUUUUUCCAGUACUGUAUCCUGAUUUUCCUGAUAGUUUUUUAAAAUUUCAUUCCAGACAUUAUCAUGAUUUUACCAGAAACAUGUAGUGCUCUUAAACACUUAUUCCUCUUAGCAUUUCAUUAGAAAAAUCAGAUAAAAAUUGAUUGAGUUAUUGAGCCUGUGAAAUUUUAUUUUUUGUAUUUAUUUGUCAAAUGAAU